AUGUUUACUUGGGAUAGGAGAGUGAUAAUUCAUCGAAAACAAGUGCAAUUGGAUAUGUGUGUGGAUGCUUUAGCAUUAUGGCCUCUCAAUUUAAAUUUUAAACUUGAUUCUGAAAGUUUACCCAGUAAUGUAGUUUCAUAUUUGUCAUACCGGUUAACGAUAACGAUGAACUACAAAUAUAUACUCUGUUUAGCGACAAUUGUCAGCACAUUUUUCACUUCGGAUGCAUCGCUUGCAGCUAUGUCCAUAGAUUUUGGUUCACAAUGGAUAAAAAUGGCUUUGGUAAAACCAGGUGUGCCCAUGGAAAUGGUGUUGAAUGAAGAAGCACAUAGGAAAACACCAAACCUAAUAAUUGUUAAAGAUAACGAACGUUUGUUUGGUGAUGCGGCAUUGGCCUACUCAGUUAAAUAUUGGAAAAAUUCUUUUACUCAUUUGGUGGAUCUGUUGGGCAAGAAAAUCAACAAUCCAAUUAUUUCACUUUACAAGCAACGAUUCCCGCAUCUAAAAUUUAUUGUGGAUGAUGCGAGAGACGUUUUGCAGUUCGAUGUGGAUGGCGAGAACUACAGCAUUGAGUCUAUAGUUGCAAUGAUUUUGAAGCGAUGUCGAGAAGUGGUCGAGAAAUUCGCUAAACAGCCUGUUAGGGAUGUAGUUAUUACAGUUCCAGUGUUUUUCAAUCAAGCAGAACGACGUGCUCUAGUAGCAGCGGCUAAAAUCGCUGAACUGAAUUUAUUACAAUUGUUGAAUGAUCAUACAGCUGCUGGUUUAAACUAUGGUGCAUUUCGAAGAAGAGAAAUCACUGAGAAUGCACAAACUUUGUUAAUUUAUGACGUUGGAGCAACAAAAGUUACAGCUUCAGUGUUGGAAUAUGUAUUAGUGGAGGAAAAGAAACGAGGUGAAAAGGAUCCAGUUAUGACGACACUGGGAGUUGGCUAUAGCCGCAUAGUUGGUGGCUUUGAAAUUACGCAAAGGCUGCGUGAUAUCUUUGUGAGUGACUUUCGCAAAACGAAAAAGACCAAAACCGAUAUAACGGAAAAUCCACGCUCCAUGGCAAAAAUGUUGCAAGAGGCAGAACGUGUCAAAAUUGUGCUUUCGGCAAACGUUAAUUUUACUGCGCAGAUUGAAAAUGUCCAUGAAGAACAAGAUUUCACGAUGUCAGUGACCAGAGCAAUGCUAGAAGGUGCGAUAAGAGAUCUCGAAGUAAAAUUAGUGCAGCCUAUUGUGGAUGCUUUGAAAAUGGCUGACUUGUCACCAGAAAAGGUCAAUCAGGUAGUGCUGAUGGGUGGUGGGAGUCGCGUUCCCUUAAUCCAAGAAUUUGUUCAGAAAUUCUUCAAAAAGAAAGAGCUGGGUAAAUUCCUAAAUACUGAUGAAGCAAUUGCAAUGGGUGCAGUUUACCAAGCAGCGCAUCUAAGCAAAGGUUUCAAAGUCAAGAGAUUCGGUGUACGUGAUUUGCAGAUAUCUCCAAUACAGGUUGAUUUUAUUAGUGCGCAUAGUAAAGACGAAACGGGUACUGGACGGUUAAUACAUCGACCAAUAUAUCCAAUGAAAUCGUUCGUACCUGCAUCUAAAAAAGUUUUGUCGUUCACUUCGUUCACGGAAGAUUUUUCAGUGAAUGUUAAUUACGGAGAAAUGAGAGAGCUUAGCACAGAUCAGCUCAUGGAAUUUGGUUCACUUAAUAUCAGUGAAAUUAAAAUAGAUGGUGUUACGGAUGUAUAUUUAAGGGAAACAGCGAAAGAAGGCACUAUUUUCAAGGGAAUAAAAAUCCAUUUCGAUUUGGAUAAUUCAGGAAUUUUGCAUGUUGACGGAGCCGAAAUGUUAUUGGAACAACCAUCAAAAGCAGAGUCUACACUCGCUUCACUUGCUGAGAAAAUUACUGGAUUAUUCUCUUCAAACAAUAAGAUGGAUGAAACGCAAGAGAAAAAUGAGGAAAGUUUGAAAUCUGAAGAAAUAAACGACAAAAGCUAUAGUUCUACUAAUACUGCGGGAAAUCAAACUAAAAUCGAAAAGCCAACAGGCGAUAAUGUAACGAGCAGGCCAGCGGAAGCAAACAAAACAGCUACAAAUGCGGCAGAAAAAAAGCAAGAAGAAAAGCCUCUACAGAUUAAAAUCUCCCUGAAGUUGAUGGAAAACAUACUAGAUGUCCCGCCAAUUUCCGACAGCGAAAUUACUUCUGCGAAGAACAGAAUUGCUGAGUUUGAGAGGAAAGAAAGGGAAAAAGCGAUUCGUGAAGAAGCACAUCAUAAUCUUGAGUCAUUAGCUGUUGAUCUUACCGAUAAACUUACUCAAGAUGAAUUCAGGCGUUUUUUAACUGCUGAUGAGCACAUCGCUCUGCAGAAAGAGAUAUCACAAGUAAAAGCUUGGUUGGAGGAUCAUGUUGACGUGAAUACUCCAACAGCUGAAUUUAUUCAAAAUAGGAAGACAAUCGAUGACUUAUUACAGCCGAUCAAGAUUCGCAUGACAGAGGACCAGGAACGUCCUUCAGUGGUGGCUGAACUGAUUUCAAUGUUUAACCACACAGAAAUAUUUUUGCAUCUUGCACAAAACCUUACUGAAGCAGAAGUGUUUACAGAAGUUGAAAUCAAUACUUUAACAAAAUUGCUCGAUGAAACUAAGGAUUGGCUUACUACAAAAAUGGAGUUGCAGAAUACAUUAAAACCAACGGAUCAACCAGCACUUUCAGUGAGUGAAGGAAAGGAAAAGUUAAUGUCACUUGAUCGUGAGGUGAAGUAUUUAUUGAGUAAAAUGAAGUUUGCGAAACCAAAAGUUAGAAAGGAAGAAAAAACUAAGCAAACAAUUGCUGAAAACAGUGAAACAUUGCCGGAAACAAUAGAGGAAGUAAGGAAAGAUUCGGAUGAAAAAUCAGAUGAGACAUCAAGAGAUGGGCAACCUCUCAACGAUGCGAAUAAUGUAAGGGGAGACGAGGAACUGGAAAACGAUGAACAAAAAGACGAUAAAAGACAACAUGAUGGUUCAGAGCUUUAG